GGCGGGGCAAUACUUGAAAUGCGUUCGCGACCUCGCUCUCCUCAGUUUUUCUCCGUCCGGAUAGAUCGAGUGAGAUAAAAAGAGCGCAAGAUUUUUCGCGAAAGUAGGGUAUAGGUAAAAUGCGCGACGAUUCCGAGUGAUGUCGGCGUCCUCGUCGUCGUCGAGAUGAUCACCCACGAUCACUGGCGAGUGACAUCCGGUGUCAAAAUGUGAUAGCACAGUUUAGGCGCUAUCUAUUUUCGGACCCGACGACAAACGAGAGCAUAAGGGAGGUGCGUUGCUUCUUCUAUUUCGAAUCCUAAUCGAGCGCGCGAAGAGAAGUGCCGGGUGAUAAACUCGCGAAAGUAUGGCGGUCGCGUCGAAUUCUUUCGAUGCCUGGCUGAGCAAGAAGCUCCAAGAGUUGAACACGGACGAGAGUGUCUUCGGUACUUACAUUAAAGGUAUUCUCGAGGGCGACGAGACCGAGGAUGAGAAGACCGAGGCACUCGAGAGCAUACUCACGGGCAUAACGGAAGAUAAUAUUGGCAAACACAUAGCAGAAAUCUUAAGUGCAUGGGCAGAAUGGUUUCCAGCUAACAAUGUAGCUGUAGCCUCUGUACCAGCCGAAGAUGUGGACGUCAGACUAGCCCGGAUGCUGGAAUCACAGAGUCUGCCUACGACAACUCAGAGAUGUUACACAGAAGAGGAGAAACAAUUGCGAGAAGCCAUAUUGGCGCAGUACAGUCAUAUGUCCGAAGAAGAAAAUAGCGAGGGAAAUGGGGAGGAAGAUGGAGCGAGCGGUGGUGACUGUGGGAUCGAGAAAAAUUUAAACGUAGCGACAAUCAUACAACAAGAAAGAGAAAAACGAGAAAAAGCUAAACUUGAGAGUCAGAAAAAGAAGGAGAAGGAUAAAGAAGACAGGGAAAAGCAAAAGCAAUUGAAAGAAGAAAAGAAGGAGAAAAGAAAAACCCAAAAGGGAGAGAGACGUAGGUAGCAUCGAAACAAAAUCUACGCAAGAUUUACCUCAACAUUGAA